CCCACUCAUUCUGUUUACUUAGCUAUUGCUCCUGAAAAACAGAAGAGAUGACUAAAACCCUGUCAAGCAUUCUUUUUCCAUUUGGUUUUUAAAGAGCCUUCUAAUUCAGGGGGCCUUUUUUGUCCAAUUAUGAAACUUUUCAUUGUACUAGCACUCUGCUGUAGUUUUUUCUCUAGUACAGCCACCCCUCUUCCCUUUGAGUUUUUGGACUGUGAUGACCCUGAUGUCUUUAAAGCUGUCAACACAGCACUGAAGAAAUACAAUGGAGACAGAGCAACUGGUAAUCAAUUUGCUCUAUACAUGGUGAUGGAAGCCAAGAAAACUGCAGGUCUGGACACACAGUUCUAUGUGAAAUACCGAAUGCACGAAACCAUUUGUGCUGUUGAGGAAAACAAACUCUGGCAAGACUGUGAUUACAAAGUAUCUGCAGAGGCUAAAACAGGAGAAUGCACAGCUCAAGUUCAUAUGGAUAAUGCUGAAAAAACAAGUAAUGUUUCACAAGAUUGCAAAAUUUUCCCAGCUACACCAAAGAUAACAAUUACUGAGGCUGCAUGUCUUGGAUGCUUUCAUCCUAUAUCAAGUGACAGUUCUGAAGUGUCAGAAAUUCUGAAACAAGCCAUUCAAAAGUUUAACAAGCACAGUGCUGAACCCGCCCUUUUUAAGCUUGUGGAAAUAAAAGAAGCUAAAAGACAGGUGGUAGCUGGAUGGAAUUAUGUAAUUAAAUAUGAAAUUGAGGAGACUAAUUGUUCCAAAGACCAAUUUCAAGACUUAACUCCAGAGUGCAAAACUACUUCUAGAGGUCGUAUAGGUAAAUGUGAUGCCAAAGCAUACAAAAAUCUUCAGGCACAGAUCAUAGAUAUUGCAAGCCAAUGCAAGCUUCCAGUUGAAGACACAGUAAUUCCUGCCACUCGCACUGGUUGUUCAAAGAUUAUCCCAAAAGACAGUCCAGAACUGAAGACACUUCUGAAGGUUUCUAUGGAGAAGUAUAAUUCAGAGAGCAACGAUGACUUCUACUAUAAAGGCGGAGAAAUAGAAACAGCGACAGUUCAGGUUGGGGUGGUUGCAGGACAAAACUACCAUUUAGUAUUUGCAAUCCAGAAGACAAACUGCUCAAAGAAAGAGUUUGAAAAAUUUAGUGAAGACUGUGAAGCCACACCAAACAGUGUACCAUUGCCAUGUGAAGCACAAAUUCACGUGAUCCCAUGGGAGAAUAAAAUCUUUCCCCAAGUUAACUGCUCUAAAGAACGGUCUAUGGCUGUACUUCUAAGAAGGCCUCCUGGAUUCACACCUUUCCGAAGCUUUGCUAUGAUAGAACAGCCAAAUGAAAUUUCAUGCUCUGAUAAAAAUGAAGAGGAAAGGCAAAGACCUGACAAAGAAACAAGAGAAGAUGGUGGACAGGAACCAGAAGGUGAAGGUGAACCUGAGCAUGAGCACAGGCAUAAACAUGGGCAUAAACACAGGCAUGGACAUAAAAAGGAUCAUGAGUCUGACAAAAGGCAUAGGCAUGAAAUUGGUUGGGGGCACAGAACUGGGCAUGGGCAUAAAAAACACAGUAAAAAUGGCAAACACAAACAUCCAGCCCCCAAAUCUUCUGAGGAGUCCAGUGAAAGGGGUUUUCAUCAAAACAAAACCUUUACAUUAUCCAGUGCUGAAACAGCAUCAGAGCUAGUUAAUCCAGGGGUUGAAAGAAAGGAAACCAGUACACCUGCAGAAUCACUAAUUCUUCCUGAUACUUCUUUAUUUAAUGGGUUGCCAGAUCGCAUCGAAUCUCCUGUUCCCAGAUGUCCUGGAAAACCAUGGAAACAAAUUAUGGAUCUUCCAGCUCCUUCUAGCUUUCCCAGAGAAUUCACAAAUGAGGAUCUCUUGCCUUCUGCGGCAGCAAACAUCAAUCCAGCAACAGAAAACUCAACACCCGCCCAAAACAAAGACCUGGAUCUCUCAGAUGCUUUACUAUAAUUCAAACAUUGUUGGAUCCUUUUCAGAAAUUAUACAUAGAAAAAUGAGAAAAAUAGUGCCUUUUGAAAUUCAUAAAAUAUGAAGAGGCAAAAGCUCCUAUUCUGUUAGCUAAGAUACUCAAGCAGGUCACCAGCAAUUCUGUGGACCUAAGACCCUAUGGCAAUACUCUGUAUUUACAUAUAUUUGCAAAGAUAUAAAUCAGGCAAUGGCAGUGAUUCAGAACUGGUCUAGUAAAGGGACCAGGCAAGGCAAUAGCCUUCUGCUGCAGAAGUUAAAUUGUAUCUCACCUGCCUCACAGUUGCUAUAAGCACAAAGUGAAUCACUGCAUCAAAUCUCACUGCACGAUGUUUAAAACAGUGGCAUAAAGAAUUCCACAGAUUACAUGAAGAAUCUCAACCAAAUAUGGAUAAGACAAAAGCAAGCCAAUGUAGAGCAAACAUGUCUUUCUUAGAUAUCUGAAAUAAUAUUUCUCUAAUUUACUGGAGUGAAUCUUUUAAAGAACAAAAUAAAGGAACCGGUUUUACCUGCCAAUUUCUUUAAACAAAUUAAUAUUACCACCAGUCUAUCACUAGCGGGCUACUCUGUUGAAUGACAUAGCAGGGACAGCUGAGAGAAUCUUAAACAGUGCAGCUUUAUUCGUAUGCGUAUUAUGUUAACUACACAGUAGAGGUGCUGUAAUUGACAGAUUUUUCAUGUGGCACAAAUAUUACUGAUCAGAUGACAAAAUCACAAAGACUUGAGUUAUCUAAAAUUUGUCUGCCUACUCCCAUUAUUAGGUUGUGUGUAAUUUAGAGACCAGACUGAAUUUUCUACUCUAGGUAUCUACCAAAGGUUGAGUUUUUGAUGGGAUACAUUAGCUACAAAGCACCAAAUAUUUCCAGCGAAUUAAAAUAUGGACCAAAUAACUCAGCUGAAAAAACACCCAGCAAUAAAUUAAUACUUCAAUGCCAGAUCAGUUCACCAGUUUGAACCACUGCUUGGUCCCAUAAAAAGUUAUUGAAAGGGUAAGGUGCUACAAAUGGUAACACUUCACCAUUUUGUUGUAAAAGACCACAUUUCUUGAAACCAUGGUAUAAGUAUCCUCCAACACAGCUGCAGAGACAGAAAGAAUGUUCUCUGAAAUUGUUCAUCCCAGCUGUGGGGAUCACUGUGGCCCCAAGACUACAUACUCAACAGCUGGGAAUGUGUCAUUCUUCUGUGUACUGUGCUUCUAUUGCCAUCACCUCACUGGUGAGGAAGAACGAGAUAGAUGAAGACUACCUAGAGAAUGUGAAACAGAGGGAUCAACGGGGUCAGGAGGUCUUGGCACAAAAGGUACAGAAGGAUCUUGAAAGAGAAAAGAGCUACAAGAAAAGGUCAGAAGACACAGAAGUGGAAAGGACAGAGGCAGGGUGGAAUGAUAUGGACGGGGUGAAAAGAACAAAAGAAAAAAACAGUAACUUAGUGGCAAAAAUGGAAACAGAGUGAAUGGGAUGGAGAAGUGACAUGGUGGAGGUAGCAUGGCCAAGGAGCAACAAAGGACAGGAACUGGAGAGGGGAGGUAAGAGCAAAAAUAAAAAGCAAAAGACCUGUGCAGGAGGGUCUCUCCAAUCAGACAGGACAGUCCCCUAACACAUCACAGAACUGAACUCAUACUUCCUGAAUCUAAACAUUCCCUGACAGCGUAGACACACUUCCCCCCUCCAGUGCCUCGGUCCUACAGAUGGGAACAACCUUCUGCGUUCAGUUACUUAGCUCACAAGGUAGAUGACCGCACUGUGAUCAGAAGAACUCAACCCUGCUGAUAAUCCAUGUUGAGGGAGAAUCCCUAUGAUUUUGCAUGUGUAAUUUCUUUUUGUUCAUUUUUUCCUAAUUGCAUUAAAAGCUACAUUAAAAUGACAUUUUAAAAGUCAUGAAGUCCAAAAUAAGAAAAUGUCCUUGCGAGUAUAAAUUCAGCCUGGUUACAUGCAUCUAAACAUUUUUUAACACAUAUAGACAUAUAUUAGAUAGAUAGGCAGAUAAAUUAUCUGUCAUGACUGGUGAUAUAUAACAGAACCACUGUACUUUCUUUCUGAAAACAAAGGUACCGAUCUGUAAGAAGUCAUACAACUUAUCUGGAGCCCCAUUUUAAGGAAAGAUAUAAAAAUAAUAACUCCUGGAUCUAUCACUAAUCAAAUCCUGCAAUUUUUUUCUUUCAUUCCUUUCCUUGCAGGAUAAAAUGCAAAGUCAUUCUUUUUUCUUUUUCUUUUUCUUUUUUUUUUUUUUUUUUUAGUACAUGAGAAGCACUAAACUUACAAAGCUAGGCAAAGGAAAGUCUUGAGAGUUAUCUUUAAUUGUUUGCUUCUUUUCUUUUUUCUGAAUAUUGACUGGUAUGAUUUUGGCUAUAACUGGGAGUUUUUUGUUUAUGCUGUAUUAUUAAAAGGAGUAUAAGCUCAAAAUAUUUUUUCUUUAAAUUACUGUAGCAAUUUAAUUAGUGCAAAAUUACAAUAAAAGAUGCAAAGAAGAGAAAAA